GGCAUCUAUCCCAAGGGAAGCGCUAUUUUAGAUUUUACUAAGGAGUCAGCAAACAUUUUUCAAUUUUCCCUUCCGCUCUUUCUUUGUUUAGAAAGAAAGCUCUGAUUUUUGUUUCAUUUUCAGCUGGAGACUUAAAUGACACCAAGAAAAGCCUCCUUAGUUUAGAUUUCCAGCAAUUGGCUGGUGAGAAAUAAAACAUGAAGCUUGCAAGUCUGCUCUGCUUUGUUCUGCUUAUCGUUUCUCAAACUGACUCUGCGCAAAAUGAAGAGGCUCCGCAGAAGCAAGGCAGGAAGAUGCCUCACAGGAGACUGAAGAAAAGCUCCCCCUCUAACCACACAGCAGACAGAAAACAUGGAGUUCAACAGAGCACGGCUCCACAGGCAGCAAGGUUGCCCGUCGUUAAUUCUGACGAUAACAUGGAGGACAAGGUUGAAUCCUUAUUAAGUGUUUUUGGAGUAGAGUCAAGCUAUAACGUGCUACCAGGAAGGAAGGGGCGCUGCAUGGUGAAGGGCAUGGCCAUGCACAACAGAGCUGUGUGGUCUCCAGAUCCCUGCACCACCUGCCUCUGCUCAGACGGGACGGUGCUGUGUGAUGAGACCAUGUGUCGCCCCCAGAGCUGCCUCCACGCCAUCACACCCGAGGGGGAGUGCUGCCCCAUCUGCUCCGACGCUGUCUCCUCUUUGCUAGUCAAUGACAUAGCACUACAGGACAGAACUGACUUUUCUGGUGAUUCUUCAGAUACAAGACAACCUGUCCAUUUACUUCAUAAGCAACUGCCACCUGCUCAGGUGCAAACGAACCAAGGGCGAAGAAGAGAAGCCCUUCAAUCUGAAGAGGAAGAAGAAGUUCAAGAGAAUGACACGGAGCGUAAGAGAGACCCCUCUGACCCCGCAAAUGGGGGAAAACAUCAUGAGGAGCAGAGCGGAGGACAGAGGAAGCAGAGGCCUGUGGAGCAGCGGAGGCAACCAUACCAACAGCAAGGUAAUGGAGAGGAAGAGGAGGAGUUAAAGGUGGAGGUGCAGGAAGUAAAGAAAGAGGUGGAAGAGGCGGAAGAGGAGGAGGAAGAGGAGGAGGAAGAAAACACCACUGAAGCUGUAAGAGGAGACAUGUUCCGAAUACCCGCCCGGGCUCCACUCCCUGCACCCCCAAGAGGUGCCCUGCGCCUGCCUAGAGGGUGCUCCUUGUCCUACAGGACCAUCAGCUGCAUGCAUGCCGACCUCCGCCAGGUCCCACCGCUGACAGCACCACAGAUAACCAGUCUGGAGUUGGUUGGUAACUCCAUCACCUCCAUCCCCGAUGAAGCAUUUAAUGGAUUCCCCAACUUGGAAAGGCUUGAUCUCAGCAGAAACAGUAUCAACUCCUCAGCUGUGGGUCCAAAAGCAUUCAAGUUUCUGAAGAAGUUGACACGUCUGAACCUGGAUGGAAACAAUUUGGUACAGAUUCCUUCAGAUUUACCAUCUACAUUAGAAGAACUUAAAAUCAAUGAGAACAAUCUCCAGGGUAUUGAUGAAGACAGUUUAUCAGGCUUAAAUCAGUUGGUCACUUUAGAAUUGGAAGGAAACAAUCUCAGUGAAAUAAACGUCAAUCCUUCGGCUUUUAAACAUCUGAAGAGCCUAUCCUACCUGCGACUAGGAAAAAAUAAAUUUAGAAUUAUACCCCAGGGUCUUCCAGCUUCUAUUGAGGAAUUAUACCUUGAACAUAACCAAAUUGAAGAAAUAACUGAAAUUUGUUUCAAUCACACUAGAAAGAUCAGUGUCAUUGUGCUACGUUAUAAUAAAAUAGAAGAAAACAGGAUUGCUCCUUUAGCCUGGAUAAGUCAAGAGAACCUAGAAUCCAUUGACCUGUCUUACAACAAACUCUACCAUGUCCCUGGCCACCUGCCCAAGUCGCUGCUGCAUUUGGUACUCAUUGGGAACCAGAUUGAACGAAUUCCUGGCUAUGUGUUUGGCCACAUGGAGCCAGGCCUGGAAUACUUGUACUUGUCAUUUAACAAGCUCACUGAUGACGGCAUAGACAGAGUCUCAUUCUAUGGGGCAUAUGAUUCCCUAAGAGAGUUAUUUCUGGAUCACAAUGAUUUAAAAUCUAUACCACCUGGGGUACAAGAAAUGAAAGCAUUGCAUUUCCUGAGGCUCAACAACAACAAGAUACGGAAUAUUCUACCAGAACAAAUUUGCAGUGCUGAGGAGGAUGAAGACUCAAUGCUGGAACAUCUUCACCUUGAAAAUAACUAUAUUAAGACUAGAGAAAUACCAUCCUAUGUUUUUUCAUGCAUAAGAUCAUAUUCAAGUGUGGUGCUGAAACCACAAAAUGUCAAAUAAUUCUGAUUUUAGCAUCACCAUCUAUAAAUUUCACUCAUGUAAUGUAUCAUUUGUCAUGAAUGAAAGACAUAGCCUGAAUGUUACACUCAGUCUCACACUGCUGGUCAACCUAAAUUGUCAACACACAGAUGAACAACCAAAAUUUUACUUCUAGAUAGCUUAGUGGAGGUAAAAAUGCUCAAGUUCCCCUCUCCGCCACCUCUCCAGAAAAGGAGCUCAAGCAGGAGACUCUGGAAUGAUUGAAGUACACCUCUGUAACUAUCCUAUUGUGGAGGUCAGAUCUUCAAGUCUACGUAAAACGGAUGUGUAUUGUGGUUUAAGAUCAAGAAGUGUACUGGUGGAGGGAAAAAUAUCAGACAGAAUUUAUAAACUAAUAUCGUUUGUUCUAUUAAAAUAAAUUCUUAAUCUCUUUAA